AUGCUCGAGGUCUCCGAAUCUUUCGAUCAACUCGUCAAUCACAAUACGCUCUUGGCCGACAGCAUCCAGGGCCUUAUCAACGCCGACUUGUUGAAGCCUGAUGAUGAGAUCGCCAGCACGUAUGUACGUCGCUUUGAUCAUGGAUAUCCCUCUCUCAGUUUGGAGCGUAACAGCGCACUGGCCGAGAUCGUACCAUACCUUCAAGAGAAGGACAUUCUGUCUCGAGGUCGUUUUGGAUCAUGGGAGUACGAGGUUGGUAAUAAGGACCGCAGUUUCAAGCUCGGUGUUGAUGCGAUUGACCAUAUCCUUUUCGGCGGCCUUGAGGUGCCUUUAUCGAACUAG